GCCCUUCCCCGCAGGGCUUUCCCCUGGACGGAGCCUCCGCGAUGGGUCCGGUGGGGCUGCAGCUGCUCUCGGGGGCCUGCCUGCUGUUCUCCCUGGGCAUGUUCGGGACUGGCCUGUCUGACCUGAAGCAGAUGUUUGCAACCCAGAGUGUGGAGAACAUCCAGUUCCUGCCGUUCCUCACCACCGAUGUCAAUAAUUUGAGCUGGCUGAGUUAUGGCUACCUGAAGGGAGACUGGACUCUCAUCCUUGUCAACGCAGUGGGCGUGACGUUGCAGACUCUCUACAUCCUGGUCUACCUCUACUUCAGCUCUGAGAAGCGGGCUGUGCUGUUGAAGACCAUGGCCUUAUUGGCAGUGCUCCUCGUCGGCUACGGAUACUUCAACCUGCUGGUUCCGGAUGUUUCCGUGCGCCUGACGCGCCUGGGCCUCUUCUGCAGCCUCUUCACCAUCACCAUGUACCUCUCGCCACUGGCUGACCUGGCCAAGAUCGUGAGGAGCCGCUCCACGCAGUGCCUCUCCUUCCCGCUGACAGUUACAACCUUCCUGGCUUCGGCCUCCUGGACCUUGUAUGGGAUUCUGCUUCAGGAUGUUUACAUCGCGGUCCCCAAUGUUCCAGGCAUAGCCACCAGCCUCAUCCGGUUCUGGCUCUUUUGGCGCUUCCCUCCGGACCUCAACAAAACCUACAAGUCGCUGCUGGCCUGAUGACCCAGGGGAUGGGCUUCAUGACGGCUCUUGUCCAAGGAA